CUGCUGUGCUGUGAGGAGGAGGAAGAGGAGGAGGAGGAGGAGGAGGAGGCGGUGGUCGUGUUAUCGAGCGGCCGGGCGGUGGAAGUUGCGCUGCAGGGGGGAGGGACUUUCUUCCUGCAGUCGGUCGGUCGGGGGUGAGCUGCGGCUCGUACAGAAAAGCCUCAGACAGCAGCUUUUCAGACUCCAGCGAGCAGCAGCAGACGGACACAUCCGAGUGGAAGAUAAACCAUCCUCCUCCUCCUCUUCUUCUUUCUCACCACCCCUCCUCACACUCCUCCCUAUCUUCCGGGGGGAGUGUGGACUCCAUCCCCGGGAUAGAGAGCCCGGACCGGCACCGCUGCCAUUAGGAGAGAGGCGCCUGAAGAAGGGAGAGCGGUGGAGUUGGUCUAUCCCCCCCCCUCCUCCUCCUCCUCCUCCUCCUCCUCCUCUUCAUCCUCCUUCUUCUUCCCUACUGCACCAAAAGAAAACUCCGGGCUGGCUGCAGCACCAUGUCCUCCGCUGAAAGUGGGGAUCUAUCAGGCUACCAUCUGAGCGUGGUGCGUCACCCGCACGGCUGGGAGCUAGGGAUCUACCUGGUGGGCUUCUUGGUGCUGCUGUGCGUUGCCGGGAUCAACAUCUGGAAGUUGUGGAAAUCUGGAACCUUCCCUGCUCCGUCCCCUUUCCCCAACUUUGACUAUCGAUACCUGCAAGAAAAAUAUGGAACGUCCUUCUCAGAAGUCAGACAAAAGCGAGUGGCUGCCAACAACCACCGGCGGACCUCCACCACCUCCAGCCGCAAACCCAGCCUGGCGUUUGGGGAGACGCCGGACGUCCUGAGGGACCUGGGCCAGCUGGAGCUGAUGAGCCGCGAGCUGGACCCCUCCGGCCUGGCCCAGCUGAAUCGCUCCAUCUCCACCGACUCGCUCAGCUCCAUCUCCUCCAUCGCCAACAACUUCGGCCACGACUUCACCGUGGGCCAGCUGGAGGUGACGCUGGAGUUUGAGCCGUCCAGGCCGCCGGGCCAGGGGGCGGGGCUUCUGCACGUCACCCUGCACCAGGGCAAAGACCUGCUGGAGAGGGAGGAGGGAGACUUCCCUGGCUGCUUCAUCAGAGUCUCCCUGGGACCAGAUGAGAUCAACCUGGGAGUCACAAGGAUCCAGGCGAAUGCAUACACAGUGCUUUUUGACGAGCACUUCUCCAUCCCCAUGGACUCGUCCCUGCUGGAGGAGUACAGUCUGCGUUGUGCCGCCUUCGGUAUCGAUGCUGAGGAGAGAAACAUCAGUGCGGGGGUGGCAGAUCUCAAACUGUCCGACCUGGACCUGACCAUCAGACCGUUCAACGCCUGGCUCUACCUUCAGGAUGUCAACAAGGCUGUGGAUGCCGUCGGGGAGAUCCUGUUGUCUCUCAGUUAUCUGCCGACAGCAGAGCGCCUCACGGUGGUCGUGGCAAAGUGCAAAAACCUGCAGUGGACCAACAGCAAGAACACUGCAGGUUUGCCGGUUUUCUAUCCGUUUGUCAAAGUGUAUCUCCUGCAAGACGGCAGGAAGAUCAGUAAGAAGAAGACCUCCACCAAACGGGAUGACACAAACCCAAUCUUCAACGAAGCCAUGAUCUUCUCUGUGCCCUCCCUCGUCCUGCAGGAGCUCUCCCUCAGGGUGACGGUGGCCGAGGCCACAGACGACGGCCGGGGCGAGAACCUGGGUCACGUGAUCAUCGGCCCCGAGGCCAGCGGGAUGGGCAUCACCCAUUGGAAACAGAUGCUCGCCACGCUGAGGAAGCCGGUGUCCAUGUGGCACCCUCUGCGCAGGAUCUAGGCCUCACACACACACACACACACACACACACACACACACACACACACACACACACACACACACACACACACACACACACACACACACACACACACACACACACACACACACACAACCUGUUUCAAUGAAAACACUCGCCUCUUCACCUCUCCCCUUAUUGGGUGCUAGGCGGUUUCAUGUUUUAGUAAGAUAAGAGCUUUGUGAGUAUCGAAUUGGAGUAGACACCUUAUCUUCAUGUGAGGGGGAGGAAUCUGAAAAAGCCAGUGUUUGACUCUGAAUAGGGUGUUUUUAUGGAUCCAUGGAUCAAUUAUACAUGUAUCUUUCCUUAGUAUUCUGCUGUAUUCUGGCCUGGGUGCAUUAUGAGUAAGGCUGGCAUUUAAGAAGCAGCAUUGCAUAUUCCAAAUGCAAGUGCAAAUCCCAAAUUUCACAAUAAAAGUAAUUCGUUUUCGUCUUACCUUUUCCCCUUGGAUUGAUAAUCGAGCUGAAUCUCAAUCUAAAAAAACAGCAGAGGAGACAUGAGAAGUGGAUAUCUAUUAAAUUCUCAAAAAUCCAGAUUCGAAUAUCCUAUAGCGUGGACUUUGAUGUGAAUUUUAAUUAUUGAAAGGAGCCCAGCCUAGGCAGACGUAACCCCCUCUCUGCAUGGUGCCUACUCUGGUUGUAGCCUGUUAUAGUGAGCGACUGGACAGUGGAAUUAAAUCUCCUCUCUUUCAGGAAAACACUCAUUUGUCUUUUCAAACCAGUCAUUGAUUGCGCCUCCUUGAUUGAUUUCGUUGCGGUUUUGGAGCCGAGCUAGCUCUAUUGGAUUUGCUUGUGUCAUUUGUUGAUAGUGAGAUUGACAAAUAAUAGAGGUUUUGGUAGUUUUUUUUGGUUUGGUAUGUAUAUUAUUGUGCUUUUGAAAAAAAUUAAAUCCAGGUACUCUUAUCCAGGUGAAAUAAUUGUAAUUUGUAGCAGUUGUUACAGGGUGGCCAAAACAGCAUUUAAAUAUCAUUUUACAUUGUUCUACUUUACCAUGAUGAAUGCAAUACAACUUGCAUAUGCAUAAUUAACAGUGUAAAAGUGUACUUCAACAUUAUUCUCAAUGUCUUUUAAUUACUCAAAAUCUGGGUGCAACUCAUCUUUUUCAUAGUAUUCCAACUUUAUUAGACUCCAAAUUCAUUUCCACAACACUCUAUUUAACACUAAUGUUGUUGCUGAAUUAAUAUCAAAACACCUCUGGGAAUUUAACUUGUGAUGUAAAGUAUACUAACCCUUUUAAAUGGGUUUACAGUUCCUUUUGUCUCAGAGGAAACACCUUGAUAUUCUGAAUUAAUCUGUUGUUGUUUUUCACCAGGCACUUGUCACACUCAUUUAAGCUUUCGUCAUUAAGCUAUAGCUGCAAACGUCUCAUAAGCACUGAGGGCUAACCUGGUUAAAACUCACAGGAGCCACUUUGUAGUUUUAAGCCUGAAUGGUAAUAUUGUAAAAAGUGUUGCUAUUUAAAUGAAGAUAGAGUGACAGGGGUCUUGUAAAAGUCAAAAUCUCAAGGUAGCUUUAUUUAUCUGAGAUAUUCUCUACAACAUUGUUCAAUAGUGCUGUUUUGUUGUAACUUCCGAAUGUGAAAUAUCAUCUGAAAUAUCUGCUAAAGACAUCAUCAGCCUUUCGCACUGCUGUGAUAUUUGUUUUAUUCCAGCAGAACCUAGUCUACACUUUUAGUCAAGUUCUCAUUUUAUUCUUCAAUUCACUUUUAAAAAUCCAAAAAUAACACAUCUGUGGUCAUGUAAAGGACAAUAUUUCCUACUGUGCCAAAUAACAAAGCAAUAUUUUCAUUUACAAUCAGCAUUCGCAUUCAACAAAGCUGUAGCCUACAUUCAACAAUGCAUGAAGUUAUUUAGCACUUGAUGUGAAUGUGCCUCAAGAAUACAGUGUAUUGUGUGAAUGCUGUUUGAAAUAAAAGCAAUUAAACAGUAAA